AUGGCCACGCGGCGCGCUGCUGGUGCGACUGCGCCCCCGGACAGCGGCGCAGCGCCGCACGUGGGCCCCGGUGGUGGGCUUCGCCGGCCACGGAGCGGCCCGGUAGCUUUUCCUGAAGAAGGUUCAAGAUUAUUAGAUUUUGCUGGGGCUGGUGCUACGCUACGGCAACUUUUGGAUUCAUUGUUAGCUGCAGCUGCACAUCUCCGAUUGUUCCUCAGUUCUGCUCCUACAUUGCACCGUCAUCAAAAGGAAUUUGUAUUAGUGGAAAUCGUGCUUCGGCUGAAUUAUGUCAAGCAGGUAAAGAUGAUGUGCAUCCACAGCUUGGUUCAGUCACUCUUUGUGCAGCUUUUUGAGAAGAUUCAUGUUUCAGAAUUUGCACUCUCUCACAAGUACCACAAGGAACUCCUCCAGUUGAAACAAAAAGACUACACAAAAGCUCAUGAACUUCUCGAGGAUGUUUUGAUGGACCAAAAAAAAUCAAACAUUCAGACCAAUUCACUUUGA